AUGCAUACCAAAAAAAUGGGAGAAACAUAUGAUGAGACGGCUGCAAAAAGUGGUGAACAAAGGCCCUUUCGGCUUAAGCCCAGCCCAUGCAACUACUGCAAAGAGUUCUUUCGGGCCGUUCUCAAGUGUUUGGGCUUCGAGUCUCGGCCUCGGUCCAGCCCACCGCCGCCCGCUGAUCCGCCGGCGAUGGCGAUAACGAUGAGGUCGGCGCGGAGGGCGCCGCCUCAGCCUCCGAUAGGCGGUGGAAGAGGCUCUCAGAAUAACUCCAGGCCAGCCGCUUGA